AGUAGGUGGGACUGCCGAGCGGUCUGCAGCAGGACGUCGUAGAUCAAUGAACCGGACCGAAGGCUUGGUCCAUCGCCUGGUGUGCAUCUGACUGUAUAGAUGUGUCAGUAUACCUAUGCAGGACCAAGGCUUUAUUUUUUACUCUUAAGCAGCCCUUUCAGUAUGCGGAUGUUUUAAAACCGACUGGCUAUUUCACAGGCUUCGUACACGGCUCGGAUUCCGUCUCUAGUGGCUGCUCGUUGCGAUUUUCUUAUUGGGAAAUUAAAAAAUAUCCCAUCUGUAACCUCCAGGAUGAUCUUUGCAAACACAGGCAACCCGCUGAAGGCAGCCCCUCGCAAACAGUGGGUUUCCUGUGUGCAGUCCUACCCCAUGACUCCGUCCAGUCCCAGCAGCAGCAGCAACAGCAGCAGCACAGGCCUGGAGCAGCUCAGCAAAACCAACCUGUACAUCCGCGGCCUGCCUCCCGCCACUACAGACCUGGACCUGGUCAAACUCUGUCACCAGUAUGGCAAGAUUCAGUCAGCAAAGGCAAUCCUGGACAAGACAACCAACAAAUGUAAAGGUUACGGCUUUGUGGACUUUGACAGCCCGGGGGCUGCUUUAAAGGCAGUCCAUGCUCUGAAGACCAGCGGCAUACAGGCCCAGAUGGCCAAGCAACAGGAGCAGGACCCCACUAAUCUGUACAUUUCCAACCUGCCUCUCUCUGUGGACGAGAAAGAGUUGGAGAACAUGCUGCAGCCCUUCGGCCAGGUAGUCUCCACACGGAUCCUCCGAGACUACAGCGGCAACAGCCGAGGCGUGGGCUUUGCCAGGAUGGACACCACAGAGCAGUGUAAUGCCGUCAUCGCCCACUUCAAUGGAAAGUUUAUCAAGAUCGCUUCUGGAGCUAUGGCUCCCUCUCAGCCCUUGCUGUGUAAGUUUGCAGACAGUCAGAGGAAGAAACAUGCGCACAGCGGGUUUAUUCCCAAUGGACAGACAGGAGAUCUCAGACUAGGUCAAAUGACUCUUACCUAUGACCCCUCCUCAGCAGCUAUACAGAAUGGGUAUUAUCCUUCUCCAUAUCCAGUGAGCAACAGGAUAAUGGCUGUGCAGCCGGCGAUGUCUCCCUACAUGUCUCCAGUCUCUGCUUACCAGGUACAGAGUCAUUCUUGGGUACAUCAACCAUAUAUCAUGCAACACCCGGCUGCUGUGAUGUCUCCCUCUGUGGAUCCCUCCAUGUCACUGCACCCUUCAGCCAUGAUUACUCAGCAGAUGGGCCAGCUGUCACUGGGAAACUCUGGAGCGUAUAUGUCGGCCAACCCUGGUGUCCAGGGAGCUUACAUGCCUCAGUAUCCGCCCAUGCAGGCAGCAGCUGAAAACGGCACGCCGCAACAAGUGGAUUCUUCCAACAACUCGUCUCCCUACAGUCAACUCGGCAAGUAACCACAGGUACGCUGGAGCUUCUGAAUGCUAGAUUGCUGCUCUGUGAGCCAGAGGGCAGGUGGGAGGUUGCCGAUGACAUCACCGUGGUAACAGUCACCGCCUUCUCUGAUUGGACCAGAUGAACUUUUUUGCACAGCCCCAAUGUUUGUGGUGGAAAUUGAGGACAGUGUAAAUGGACUCAAACAGUUGGCUAAUCACAGAAGAAGAAAAAAAAGAUUUAUUUUGAUAAGAAACAACAUGCUCUUCUUUUUCUCUUUUUCAAGGAUUCUCAAACAAAUGCCAGAGGACCCCCACCCCCCCCUUAACCUCCCCCUCUUCACUCCUACCCCAGUAUGAUGUGAUAUUAAACAUGCAUGAGAUUGAGAUAGUUCCCCCCCCCUCCAAAGUUUCUAUGAUUUUAUAAUUCCUUUAUUUGUGAUAUAUGAAAAACUUGCAAAACCUUGUUUGCACUGAAGUUUAAAGAAUAUCUAUCUUGCCACAGAAUAGCUCACAAAAUCAAUUCAUGUUCAACUGCACUGACAGCUGAUACAGGUGACCAUUUCAUUAGGAAAUUAAUGAAUUUAUUAUUGGAAAAGGUGCCUUCCUUACGCCACAUCAAACAUUCUCUAACAUUUUUUCAUCAAACUUAAUCAGGUGUCAUAUUUCUGAUUGAACAAACGUGUGUGUGAAAUUAUGGAGAUUUCCAUUGAGUGUUUCGCUAUCUAGUCUUCUGGUAGCAAUAAAACAUUGAGAGUCCCAAGGCAAUACUGAGAAAAAAGCAAGGUAAUUCCUUAUUUUCCCUCUAUCCUUUUUUAAAAAAAAUCUUCAAGACGUGACUGAAAAAAAAAGAGCAGAACUUUUAUGAAAUUACAAGUUUUACACCCAAUGGACAUCUUUUAGGAGGGUUUUUUUUUUCUCUCGUGGUCAGUUUGACCAGUGAUCUACCUCAUGGUUCUGCCGCAGUCUGCUGGUGUUGUGGGGUUUGCAGGUAAAGCCCCGUUGUUCACCAGAGUGGACGAAGCAGAACAAAGCCACGCUCAGGAGCUGGCUAUAGGACUUCUGCCCGUUUGUCUCCCACAUGCAGCGUUUCUCUUCCUGAACUGCAAAGAAACAUUGUGCUUUGUUUCCUCUUCGUUUGUCACUGCUUCUGUUCCCGUGUUUUUGUUCUUAACAUGAUGAGCGUUGUUCGGUUAGGAGGCUCCUUUAUAGAGAUUCAAUGUAAGACAACUAGCCUACUAGCUUCUCGUUGAAAUAGUUGGUUUACAAUGGGCUUGAAACAAAUACAUGCAGGCUACGUGCAUUUAUUUUGUACAUUCUUCUGCCUUUGCCAUUCUAGAAACAUCUUAGAUGACUCACCGCUUUCCCUUACAUUUUCUCUUUUUCAUUUAAGAGUUGGUUACACUACUACUGUAAAGUUCUCCAAAAGUAAUGCUGAGAUAUACCCAACAUUUGGUAUACAGCAGCAGAACAGUGUACAUGCAAAACAGUUUGGAUCUCAAAUCUAGAUAAAAUUGUAAAUGAUAUGCAUUCAGGGCCAAAAGUGAAAAAUAAGUGAGUGAGUUUGCUUUGCUUUUUUUUUACACUUCUAUGAGACGAGAAAAAUGGUAAAGCUGUAUGGUCGCGGUGCUUUCCCCGAUUAAAUCGGGUCAGAUCCCCCGAUAGUACUGUAACAGUAAAUGCUCACUUUUGGAAACCACAAGCAGUUACCUGUUUUUACUGCGUGAACUUUCCCAUUCUGAACAUUUGUUGCUGGAAAAAAUGUAAAAAUGAAAAAAAAAAAUUGUACAUGUUAUCCUCAUUGCUACCCCUGUCACUUUCAACUGAUUCUCAAACAGUCUUCUCCUUCCUCUCUCCUUUGAAACAUUGGAAUAAAAACAGUGCUGAAUAAAAUGCUCUUCUCUUUCUCA